AUGUGGUCAUCGUCGAUCCGUCUUGUUCCACGUAGUGUACAGCGCACUUAUACUACAGCCAGGCGCCACUGUGGACCGCACUUUACACUGUUCACGGGCACGCAUUGUUCGCUGUGUGAUGACAUGAAAGAGAUUUUGGACAAGGAAGCUACGCGCUCGUCGUUCACACUCUCGACGUACAAUAUUCGCGAUGAUACUAUGCCACAUGUGCAGUACUGGCGGCGCAAAUAUCAGUAUGACAUUCCCGUGCUGCAUAUCCGCUGGGAUGCACCUAAACACGAGAACGACUAUGGAGAGGGUACGUGCGAUACGCGAGAAGCCAUGGCGCCGUCUGGUUAG